AUGUUAAUCCCGUCGGCAGCGAGGGUGCAUUAUGGCUGUGUCAUCUUUGUGAGGAUCCUGCAGGGAUUAGUAGAGGGAGUGACAUACCCAGCGUGCCAUGGAAUUUGGAGCAAGUGGGCACCACCGUUGGAGCGCAGUAGGUUGGCCACAACAGCUUUCUGUGGUUCCUAUGCUGGAGCUGUGGUGGCCAUGCCUUUGGCUGGGGUCUUAGUACAGUAUACGGGAUGGAGCUCAGUGUUCUAUGUCUAUGGGAGCUUUGGUAUUUUCUGGUACAUGUUCUGGAUUCUUGUCUCCUAUGAGAGUCCAGCACAACAUCCCACAAUAUCAGAAGAAGAGAGAAGAUACAUUGAGGAGAGUAUUGGAGAAAGCACAGGUUUCAUGAACCCAUUGGCGAAAUUUAAGGCACCUUGGCGGAAAUUUUUCACCUCUAUGCCAGUGUACGCAAUCAUCGUUGCCAAUUUUUGCCGCAGUUGGACAUUCUAUCUCUUGCUCAUUAGCCAGCCAGCCUAUUUUGAGGAAGUGUUUGGCUUUGAGAUCAGUAAGGUUGGUCUUCUCUCUGCACUACCCCACUUGGUAAUGACAAUCAUUGUUCCCAUUGGAGGGCAGAUAGCUGACUUCCUACGUACCAAAAGAAUAAUGUCUACAACCAACGUCCGUAAAAUGAUGAACUGUGGAGGUUUUGGUAUGGAGGCAACUCUUCUUCUAGUUGUCGGAUAUUCACACUCCAGAGGAGUAGCCAUUUCUUUCCUUGUUCUAGCUGUGGGCUUCAGUGGAUUUGCUAUAUCAGGAUUUAAUGUGAAUCAUUUGGACAUUGCACCUCGUUAUGCCAGUAUUCUCAUGGGUAUUUCCAAUGGUGUUGGAACUCUGUCAGGCAUGGUCUGCCCUCUCAUUGUAGGAGCCAUGACAAAACACAAGACCAGAGAAGAGUGGCAAUAUGUCUUCCUGAUUGCAUCCCUUGUUCACUAUGGUGGUGUCAUUUUCUAUGGCAUCUUUGCUUCAGGAGAGAAACAGCCAUGGGCUGAGCCAGAGGAAACCACUGAAGAGAAAUGUGGUUUCAUCCACGAAGAUGAGCUUGCUGAAGAAAGUGAAGAUCAACCUCAGGGCUAUGGUGGUGGCUAUGGCAGUUAUGGUGCCACCCAGACCACUAAUUUCGCCAAUGGAGGCUGGCCAGCAGAAUGGGAGAAAAAGGAGGAGUUCAUCCAGGACCAAGGCAAAGACCCCUAUUUAUAUGGGACGGCUGCAGAAAGGGACUUGUCUUGA